AUGGACAACUCGCCACUCAGCAGGCUGUCCGCAGAACUCCGCAACCGGAUCGCCGAAUUCGCCCUCACCCACGACGUUUGUCAUGUCCGUCCUUCGUCGCGAAAGGCUGCUUCACACCUUCCCGGUUUCGAAUUCACUUUCGAAGACGGCCGAAUCAAGCAUCCAGCCGGUCUGCUCCAGACGUGCAAGGAGAUGAAGAAAGACUACACGCAGCUCUUCUACGCUUCCAACAUCUUCGUCAUACAUACCGUUGGCGAGGGCGACGGAGCGGGUGAUACCGCCGCGGGUUUCCUCGAAGCCAUUGAUUCCAAGAGUGCCGCUGCGAUGCGAGGCCUGGUCAUCGAGCUCGAGAAGUGGGCUCCUUUGCGCAAAGACGGCCCGUAUGAUUUCAUGUACUCGCUCAUCAAGACUCUCGGUCGCUUUCGAUAUCGAAUCGAGCGCACUCCCAAACUCACUCAGUGCAAACAACUGCGCUUCACGAUCUCGUACAAAUUCUUCCCCUGCGGCAACAAGGACGAAAAUGGCGUUAUCUCUCUGCAGCCUGUUUUUGAUUGCCUCGAUAUCAAGAGCUCCCUGAGAACUGAGAGCGAUCGGUUCAAGAAGCUGGGCGACACUCGUCAUGCGUCCGUGGGCGAGACUUUGCUAUGCAGGGAGCUGUCAACCGCGUUGGAGCGAUCUGCGUCAUGGCUGUUCGAGUAG